AGGGAAUGGGUGAUUUGCGUACUUAGUUUCCGUAUCUACCAAGUACCAAAUCUCAUCCAUACAUCGCACCUACUACUACUACUCUCUCUCCUCUUCUCCUUUCUCACAUAUUUAAUAUCUUUCAUUCCACACACUACACUCUGAAUCUCUUCCAAUGGCACAAUUCAGCAACCUCACUCCAGACCUAACCGAACUCAUCCUCUCCUACCUUCCAAUCCCAACUCUCCUCAGAGCUUCAACUGUCUGCAAACUCUGGUACCACAUCGUUUCAUCCCCAAAUUUCUCUUCUUCUACCAACCAAAUCCCAUGGUUCUUCCUUUACGGACUCCACAACACUUCUUCAAGGAACAACCAGUCCUUCGCUUUCGACCCAUUAUCUAAUCUCUGGUUCUGCCUCCCCACCGGAGCUUCUCCUGCACCUCACCUACCCAAUUCAUCUUGCUUCCUCGGACUCGAUAAAUUCGUUCUCACCACUGCUCCUAAUUUCACCUACUCCAGGAUUCUUAAACGGACUUGGCGAUCCACUUCUCCGCUUCGAUUCUCGCGGAUUAAUCCUCUUGUCGGUGUUUUUGAUCAUGAAUCUCGACGAGUUCCCAGAUUCGUUGUCGUUGGUGGUGUCAGAUUCAUUGGGAACUUAGUUGAUAUUGAGGAUCGAUUGGCGGUUGAGAUUUACGAUCCUGAUUCUGAUUCUUGGCAGAUUUGUCCACCUCUGCCGUCUGAUUUCAGAUCCGGUAAUUCGUCGCAAUCUCUCUCGUCGGCUUUGUUUAAGGGAAGGUUUUAUGUCUUUGGUAUAUACUCUUGUUUCGUUUCGUCUUUUGAUCUGAUCCAACAUCAGUGGAGCGAUGUUCUUAUCCUUAGGCCACCUGGUGUUGUUUUCUCGUUUUUGAUCGCGUGCCAGGACCGGCUAAUCUUGGCCGGAAUGUGUAACACGCCGGUUGGGUUGUCGUUUAAUUUGUGGAAAAUCGAUGAGAAGACUAUGGAGUUCAGCUCAAUUGGAGCUAUGCCUAGGGAUUUGCUGUACAGUUUGUUUGAUAGUGAUGAUGAUGAUAAAUUUGCGAGCUUGAAAUGUGUUGGACUUGGUAAUCUUAUCUAUGUUUUCAAUGAGGAUUACCAUAAGAAAUACCCUGCUUGUGUUUGUGAGAUUGUAGAUGAGUCUGGUGGUGAUGACAAGUGUGGCUGGAGAAGAGUCCCUCCAUUGCCUUCCCCUGUUAAUAAAUUUCACAAAGUCAUUAGCUUUUGUUCAACGAUUUCUGUACACAACAUUCUUAGAGGAGAAGAAGAUUUUGAUCAGAUUCAGAUGAGGGCAGAUUGAUAUUGUUUCUUCUCUACUUGUUUUGUACAGGUGCAUGAUAUGGAUUUGGGUUUGAACCAACAUUAGAAUAAAAAGCUCUUGUUGUCUUCAUGUGAAGUAAUCUCUAUACAAACUUAAUUCUUCAAAAUUUGUCCUGGUCAUCAAUCCCAUGAGACUAAGACUAGUACUUUGUGUUCUUGCUACUUGGUAUACUAUUUUCUGUUGUCAUUAGAUCUUUGUGCAUUAUUUCUCAACAGAUAUAGUCAAUUCUGUUUAAAAGUAUGCUCAGCUUGGUUGAAUAAUUCCAAUUGUCUCUAAAAGAUUGUUGA